GCCACAUUCCCUUUAAUAACGAAACGAUCGUUCUCCUAAAAUCAGUAAGUCACAAUCAGCAAUUGCUCGCCAAGGUUCACUCUACAACUAGUGAGGCCAAACGUUGUCUGUGGUGAUGAAAUUCCUACUGUUGGCUAUUAGUCUAGCUUCUGUCACUGCUGCAGCCUCUGCUCAAAAUUCAGGCAACUCCCUUGAAGAACAAUGCCCCCAGUUUGAGUUUCUGCGAGGAAGGGACGGAAGGGACGGGAGAGAUGAGUCUCCGCCCACAAUCUCGUCGUAAGACGGCACCCGAGGCCUAUUCCAAAUGGAGAGCACCAUAAACACGUGAGCACCACGGGAUAACACAAGUGGCAUCAUACAGUAUCAAGAAUUGCUCAAGUACGGACUCAUAAUGUUGAGUCCUUUGUUUGCUAGUAGAUAAUUAUAAGUAGAGAUGUAGAGAAAAAGUCCUUUGCUAUAAUAGUGGAUAUCAUAUAUAGCUUACACGGUGUUUAAGGAAAAACCACAUUUGUCACAAGUGGAACUCAGGUA